AUGCUGGCUCUCCGUGACCAGGAAAACCUGGUGAAUACUCAUCAAACUGUCGCCGCAAACAAGCCUUUGAACCAAGGAACGAAACAACUAGCGCCAAAGACUCCGGGAAGAAAGGUUCGCCUGAAUGAUGAAAAUACUACGAUCGCGUUCGGCAAACAGACUGUGAAAGGCAAUGGAAAUCGCUUGGAGAAUGGAAAACCCGUUAAAGAUGUGUUCCAGACCCCUAUGGACACAAAGAAUCGUGCGCCUCUGGGUAACAAGACAACCAAUCUCAAAGCUAAGGGUCUCCAAACGCCAGCUCCCUUCGGAGGCACAUUGAAGCCUGAGAAGACCAACCGAAAGGCCUCAACUCAGAAGGUCAAGAAGGCUGCCCCGGUGACGCAACAACCUCAAACGAAAGUCCAUGUCGAUACGGUCCAUGACGAUGUGCCGGAUAUUGAAUACAUGCCACCGAAGCCUAGAGAUCUCCCAGACAUACCCGAUGACCUUGCCUACGAUACCACCUACCCUCAAUUUAAACCCCGGAACCGUGCCAUUGGGCUCGAAAGCGUUUAUGGAAGACAAGAGGUUGGCAGUGAUGGUCUCACACGAAAGCAGCGCAAGUUUCAGGAGGACUCUAUCAAGUGCGACAAGUAUGUCGAUGAGAUGAUCAUGAAGCAAUUGGAUAAUGUUGGAUUUGGCGAAGCAAGCGAAGACGAGAAUAUCAGCCCGCCUCUCCGGGCACCACAGGGACCGACUACUCGCUCUAGAGUAGCAUCACCCGCCCCUCAACCCGCCCGAAGCAUAUCUACCCUUCGCUCUCGAGAGGCUGCUGCUGCCCUGUCUGCACCCAAUGUCAGGUCUACCCCAGCUAGGGUCGCCGCUGCUCCUAAGUCAAGCAUUGCAUCCUCUAUAUUGAUGCCUAAAAAGCACGCUCGAGUCCCAUCUAACCCAUCAACUAUGCGGAAUACCGCUGCUGCUGCGAACGCCAACACUACCGUUGGUUACUCCAAGGGCCGAAGUGUGUCAUCUACACUGCGCCAGAAUACCGUCUCAGAGCAAAGCGCGAAGACCAAACUCUCCCCUGAGACCUAUGUGCAGCUUUACGGUCUUCCCUCUAUGGGAUCAGAGAUGUGGAUCCGUUGCAAGGCCGCUGGCUACUUCGAUACCGAUGAGAAUGCUGGACAGGAGCUUGAGGAGUCUCCGUCGAUUUUUGAGGAAGAUGAUGAGGCAGACAACUUUCAGCUCACGCUGUAG